AUGCCCGCCUCAAAUCCCAGCAAAGCCGAUGCAGCAUGGCAUCCAUUGAUGCUCACGAACAAUGCCAGCGACGUACCACUCCUCUACUACAAUUUCAGCACCCAUCCCGCAUCCGAGAAAUGGCGCCUGACACUAUACAUAAGCGAUCUUACAGUACUGUAUUCCUGCAAGAUGCAUUACACAGGCAUCACCAUAGAAGCUCUUCGAUGUUCUGCUCAACUACCUCUCUCAGGCCUUCAGGGCCGAGAUAACGUGCUUGUUCGAUGCGAUGAUUGGCACGAUGGGAGUCGGGAUGCGAUGGAUGGCUGUCUGAAGCUGCGCACCACGACGGCACUUCCUUCGCCAUUGCCGGAGCUGAGCUUUACGUUUACGCUGAGGCCGCUCUCGGCGGGGGAGUUCUCGGAUGUGCUCAUGCGGCCAUUGCUACAAACACUGAAAGCAUUCAAGAAGAACGCCGAGCAUCUUACACAAGUGAUCAAGGACAAAGACCAGGUCAUCCAAAAGCUGAUGGACAGGGUGGCGAUGCAGGUCCAAGGAGAUUUCAGCGUAGUGUUUCCUGUGCUCAAUGGGAAGAGGGCUGGAGACAGGGGAGUGAAAGCGGCAGAGAAGUAUGUCAAGGGAGUGGCGGCUUUCAAGGAUGGUGGUGAAGGUGAGGAUGAGGAUGCAAAUGGGUUAGAUGGGCUGCUAAGUGAGGUUGAUGGUGUGGACGCUCGGAUCGACAGGACCUCGAAACCGGGGAAAGCAGGGGCGUGGGUUGAAAAGAUGCCUCGGGAGACAGGUCUGGAAGGAGAAGAACGCAUCCGCGUAUGCCCUCCGGGGCUGCCAAGUCCUCUACGCAGGGCCGGAGACACGGAACGUGCUGCCAAAACUUCUGCGCAACGCGAAACCAACGACACGGAAAGCGAAGACGAGUUCGAGCGUCAGCCAACUCCACCGAGUGCGAAGAAACUCACGUCUUCCGUCAAACAAACUUCUCCUGCGGCACAACAAGGCAGGCGCGAACGCCAGUCGAGCAGCGAUAGCGAGGCUGAACCUCCGUCCAAGAAGCGGAAGUCAACCCCAGAAGCGUCCGGAGCUAGGAAAGGUGCAAGACUCGGUGGGCUGGGAAAGAACAAAUGGAGAAUGCAAGCCGGCGCUCGCAAAAACAGCUCGUCACCGGAGCCGGAGCACCGGAGGGCGUCGAAUGCUUCGACAGCGACUGCUAGUGAGACAGAAGGGGAAGGCAACGGCUCGCCGCCACGGACUCGUGCCACUCGUCAGAAGUCUGCUGAGGCGAGCGACUUGCGGCAAGAGCCUGAUCAGUUACCGCCGAGAAAGCCCGCACGACUCGGUGGUCUUCCCAAGCGACAUCGCGAUCCGGGCUCACUCAAACAGAGCACUGCAAUCAACGACAAUGACUCCUCUUCAGACGACGACGCCGCCACAUCCAACGCCCCGGGUCGAAAAAAGCACAGCUCACCGGCCCCUUCAAAUCCAUCCAAACCCACCACACCGUCUCGACGACUAGGCCGCCUCCACCGAUCCACAGCUUCACCAUCCCCGCGCACUAAUGCCGAUAGAAACAUAGGCGGCGAACGUAGUGAGUCUGCGAGUUCAGAAGAGUCCACGCAGACGACUCCUUCUAAGCGGAAGCUUAGCAAGCUCGGUGCUCUUCGCAAUCGACGAGAUCCAGAACUCACAAAAGAGAGGGACAAAUCCGCAGAUGGAAGUGGAAGCGAGGACGAGCUUGAUCUCGACGCCUCACCAGCCCCUCAAAAGCACAACAGCUCCCAUGCAAAGGCGAGUACGGCCCACGAAGCCAGCGAUCAAGAACAGCCAACAGAGAACACUGGGCAGAAAGGGGACAAGCAGCACGACAAAAUCGACCAUAAGGCCCCUGGAAAGCAAGAAGAAGUCGAAACUCCCGAGCGAGCAGCGCAACGCAGGCGGGAGGAACUGAAGCGCCGAACUGCUGCUGCUGGCAGUGGUUCAAAGAAGAGGAGACUAUAG